AUGGCGGCUGCUGCGCCGGAGUGGACGAUGCUGCCACAGCUGAAUGGAGAGAGGGCUGGCACCGCGAUCCUGUUUGCUACAGACGAGUGGUUUGCCGAGGCUGGGAACCUAAACAGGGAGGGACCUCCUCAGUUUGAUCCCAACGCCUUCGAUACCCACGGGAAAGUGAUGGAUGGAUGGGAGAGUCGAAGGAAGAGAACGGCGGGGCAUGAUUGGUGUCUCAUGAAACUCGGACUCUCUGGAGUUAUCCGGGGCUUCGAGGUCGACACGUCCUUCUUCACCGGCAACCAGGUUCCUCGGAUCUCGAUUCAAGCUGCCUGCAUCAGCGGCGACCUGCCGCCGGUUGGACAGGGCGCGACUGCCUGGACCGCGAAGCCCCGCAAGGGGUCCAAGGCAACAGACGAAGAGGCGAGGCGACUGGUGAACUUGGGGACAGACAAGUGGCACACGCUGGUGCCCAUGACCCCCCUGCAGCCGGGAUACAUCGACUGCUGCAAGCACUUCUUCCCGGUGGAGGACGCGAGGCGCUGGACCCACCUUCGCAUCAACUACUUCCCGGAUGGGGGGGUGGCGAGGAUCCGAUGCUUUGGGGAGGUGCAGAAGGACUGGGGGCAAGUCGUGCUGGGACCGGAGGAGCUGGUGGAUCUCGCGGCUACCGAGAACGGCGGCAUCGGCCUCAUGGCUUCCAACUCUCACUACGGCCGUCCGCAGAACAUGCUAGGGAUGGGAAGAGCUGUAAAUAUGGGAGAUGGAUGGGAGACUGCUCGGAACCCCAACAGGCCGCCAGUCUUUGCCACUGACGAGCAAGGGAUGAUGAAGCUGCCGGGCAACGACUGGUGUGUGAUACAGCUAGGAGCUGCUGGCCUUGUCCGCGCGAUCAGCAUCGACACUCUUCACUUCAAAGGCAACUAUCCCGAGUCCUGCCUCAUUGAAGCCGCCUGCUCUCCUGGUUCGUCCCGUCUUGACUUCAAGCCGGAAGAGGCGCAGUGGAAGGUCCUCCUCCCCAGGACCCGCUUGUCCCCACACAAUGACCAUCGUUUCGACGACAAGUCCGGCAUGCUGAACUUGCCGACUCCCGUCACUCACAUCCGGCUGACCAUCUACCCCGACGGAGUGAGUGACUGCUUGCUACCUCCGGCUUCCCUCACUUUCCCUGUCACAGGGCGUGUCGAGGCUGCGGAUCUGGGGUAG